AUGACGGGGACUGCGAAGCAGUCGUGGGAAGAGAUCAUCAGCUCAAAGCGUACGCAGCGUGAGAGCCUCGUAUCCCCGUUCAAGAGCGCAAUCAAUGGAAAGCGCGUUACUUCUGAAGCUGUACUUCAAAACGGGGAUAUCCAGUCCUUGAUCGGGCUUUUAUCAUCUGGUGAGCUGAAAUCGCAAGAUCUUACAAAUUGCUUGACAGAAGUUCUCUUUGCGGAUGCGGUUGAGCAAGCAUUAAAGCUGGACAAGUACUUCGCUUCAACUGGGAGAUUGAUUGGCCCUUUGCACGGAAUCCCCAUGACUCUCAAAGAUCAAUUCAAUGUCAAAGGUGUUGAUUCGAGCAUUGGUUAUGUUUCCAGGGCAUUUAAACCAGCCGAGGAAGAUGCGGUCUUGGUGAAGAUACUCAGAGGCUUCGGAGCGGUUAUCUUAGCCAAAACAAAUCUUCCACAAAGUAUAAUGUGGUGUGAGACGGAAUGCCCAUUAUGGGGACUGACAACCAAUCCCAAAAAUCCAGCCUUCACGCCAGGGGGAUCAACUGGUGGUGAGGCGGUCUUACUCGCGCUCCAAGCCUCAAUGAUAGGAUGGGGAACGGACAUUGGGGGUUCCAUCCGCAUUCCCUCUCAUAUCAACGGUCUUUGGGGCCUAAAGCCAACAAGCAGCCGACUGCCAUAUCGAGGUGUGCCCGUCUCAACUGAAGGACAAGAACACGUGCCAUCGUCAGUUGGCCCACUAGCCAGGACCUUAUCAUCCUUGACAUUCGUUAUGAAGCUUGUGGUCGAUGCACAAUCAUGGAAUCUAGAUCCAAGAGUCACUCCUAUACCUUGGCGCCAACAGGUUUACGAAGACAUCCAGUCUAGGCCUUUGACGAUCGGCAUCUUGGCGGAUGAUGGAGUCGUCAAGGUUCAUCCACCCAUUGAGCGAGCUUUGAGAGAGCUAGAGGCAACAUUAAGAAGUGCUGGCCAUGAAAUCAUACAGUGGGAUCCUUCCGGACAAAGAGAGUGCAUUGAGAUCAUGGAUUCGUUCUAUUCCGCGGAUGGGGGUGAAGACAUCAGAAAAGAGGUGGCCGCCAGCGGCGAGCCUUACAUUCCUCAUGUCGAAACCCUGAUCAACCGUGGGAAGGCAAUCUCGGUCUUUGAUUAUUGGCAGCUCAAUAAAAGAAAGAUUGCUGCACAAAGAGCAUAUAGCGACAAAUGGAACGAUACUAUAGGGCCUAUUUCUGGGAGACCAGUUGAUGUGAUUCUGAUGCCUACCAUGCCACAUACAGCGGUCCCUCAUCGGACAUGUCGUUGGGUUGGGUAUACUAAAAUCUGGAACUUUCUGGACUACACCGCUCUUUCCUUUCCUGCCGGAAAAGUGGUGGAAGGAAUAGACGCUCUUCCUGCAGAGGCUUACGAGCCUCGGAAUGAGUAUGACGCAUGGAAUUGGAAACUUUACGAUCCACAAACAAUGGACGGCCAUCCCGUCGGGCUGCAGAUAGUUGGCCGCAGGUUCGAGGAAGAGAAGGUUCUGGGAGCUGCAAAAGUCAUUGAGAAAUUGAUGACACGAUAG